AUGAAGAGGAAAAUAAAACAUAGACAACCUACAGAAUCUUCAAGGGGUUUCUCGCGAUCAAGAGAAGCUACUAAAGCAUGUCCACAGUGCAUUCCACACAGGAUCAAAAUGAUGGAAGGUGCAUGGACUCAGAUGUACGGUAAUCCUCGCGUGAUUCGCAAGACAUUUGGAACCAUUGCAAGUCUGGAAAAAGCUAUGACCGCAAAUGGCAAAACUACCAUGAGCUCAGUGCCCACUGCCUGUGUUGGACUUGAAGUUGGCCGCUAUUCAAAAGGAACGGCUCAGAUUAAUAUGUUCUAUAGAGACGAUGCAGAUGGAAAUGAGUUGCAUGAGGUAAUACCGCUGACAGCAAAUAAAAUAUAAAA